AUGCAAUCCGGUGGCAUCGCUUAUCAGUGGAUCAAGAUCAGUUUGGCUGAGGAGGAGCAGUGCGAACAAGACACCCGCACUGAACUUCUGCAGUACAGUGCUCGCUCCUUUGGUACUACCAGCGCAGACUCGGUUACAAAGCAUUCAGGCCAGCACUGUUCCGGCUCUGCACUGAAGGCCACUGCUGAAAGCAGCCUAACUUUACAUGGUUUCGCUGGUGCGACGCUUCUUGCUAUUCGCUCUGUACAUUGUCGUCAUAUUUCUCUGCGUGCCACUUUCGCUGGCCAUUUGGUGGAUACGGCGAAAACUCGACGAGAAAUCUGUGGCCGGCGAUAA